AUGGAAAGUCGAUUCGAAGAUAUUGCGUCUGCCAUGGUUAGAUACACAGACAGGGAAGAAACUGUGCUCGCAGUGCCUAUCCCAAAGGGAGCAAUAAAGGCACCCGAUUCUGAAGGAGGCCGUUCAUCUGUAGCUCUCACGGACUGUCUUUGUGCUCUUUUUGAGCCAGACAUCAUUGAGGACUUUGUAAGCCCCAUUACUCAUGAAAAGAAAGGAGCCCGUACAACCAUCCGUUUUAAGACAUUCCCUGAUUACCUAUUUCUCCAAGCUCAGGUUCCGGAUGAAAUAGAUUUGUCUGGUUUACGAGGUAUUGGCAAAAAAGAAAAUGAAGUACUUCUGCCCGAUGAUGCCUCAACGACACCAACUCCUACUCUGCCUGAUUAUGACAGGAAUAUAGUUGAACAGUUAGAAGCUAUGGGUUUUACAAGGAAUGCUUCGAUAAAGGCUGCGAUAGAAACUGGAAAAAGCGGGGGUGUAGAAGCCGCCGCUGAAUGGGUAAUGCUCCGUUUGGAUGAUCCUUCACUGAAUGACCCUCCAGCCACUAGUUCCAAUCCUGAUGCUGGUGCUCCAGUACAUAUGGAGGGAUUAGAUGAACUUAUUGCAUUUGGUUUCACAGCUCAUCAAGCACGAUAUGCUCUCAACCGUAAUCCGGAUGCGAACGCUGCUGCAGAGUGGUUGUUUGUUCAUUCAGAAGAGGUACCACCUGAAUGUGGUGCUGCUGUUCCCGGUGAGAACACGACCCCUCUAGCGACUUCUGCGUCUCGUGAAUUCAGCGAUGGGAAUGGAAAGUAUCGCCUCGUUGCUUUUAUCAGUCAUAUGGGAAGCAGUCCCCAUUCUGGACAUUAUGUGGUGCAUGUGAAGAAAGAUGACAGAUGGAUACUCUUCAACGACGAGAAAGUGGCCAUCUCACAAAAUCCACCUCGUCAACUUGCUUACCUUUAUCUAUUUCAAAGGUCAUCUAUGUUUAUUGUCAGUAAAUGA